AUGAAAGAUAAGCCUCGAAAAUAUUUGAUGUUUCUCUUUCAAAAUCGGAAUACUGAAUCUUCCGAAACACCUGUGACUACGUUUCGAGUUGUAAUUGAAGGGUCCGUGCGGUGGGGCACUUGUCUUUUCUGUGAAAAGGAGAUGAAAGAGUAA